ACGAGGACCCUGGUAUAAAUAUGGCUGGAGUAGUUAGUCAUUUUUCCAAAAUAAAAGGAUAGAAACUAAGGAACAGAAACGAGUCCUGCUUAUGUGUCCUUUACCUAACCUUUGAUAACUACUUUUAUUCCUUGUUCCAUAUUUAGUCUACCAGACUCUCCGUUUACAAUGAGUGGAUUAUUUCUGAAAAAUAUAUUGGUGGCAGCAGCAGUAUGUUGCUCGGUGCUGGUCACGGCGGCACUGGGGUCCCCAGUGUUAGCUCAAGAGCCGAUCCGAUGCGCCCCGUGCGCGCCGGAGAAGCUGAGCGAGUGUCCAGUGGUGGCGCACGGCUGUGUGGAGGUUCUGAGUGAGCCGGGUUGCGGAUGCUGCCUUGUCUGCGCCCUGAUGACGGGGGAACUGUGCGGAAUCUACACGGCGCCAUGUGGGUAUGGACUGAGGUGCACCCCAAUACCCGGCGACCUCCAGCCGCUGCACUCCCUUAUUCGCAGUCAGGCGGUGUGCAUGGCGAACCCCGAGCCCGAAAGGAGCGCUAAACCCCCAAACCCAGAUCAAGGAGAGGUGGACGCUGCCGAGACAUAUAACGCUGCCAGAGUGUCAGACCCCUGCUUCACGAUCUACCUUCCUGGCCACAACAAGUCCUUCGAUCCCCCGUCUGCCGCGGACGCGCAGGAGAGCAUGAAAGCCAAAGUCAGCGCAAUUAGGAAGAAACUGGUGGAGCAGGCUCCCUGUCAAAUGGAGUUGCAAAGAGCUCUGGAGAAGAUCGCUAAAUCACAGCAGAAGCUAGGAGACAAACUGACCGGGUUCUACCUGCCAAACUGUGACAAACACGGGCUCUACAAAGCCAAACAGUGUGAGUCAUCUCUUGAUGGACAGAGAGGCAGGUGUUGGUGUGUGUCCUCCUGGAAUGGAAAGAAGAUUCCAGGAUCCACUGCUCUGUCUGUAGAUGCAGACUGUUCUUAAGAGAUCAACCACUGAUGCAGAACACACCCACACUAACACACACACACACACACACACACACACACACACACACACACACACACACACACACACACACACACACACACACACACACACACACACACACACACACACACACACACACACAGUAAACCACUGAUUUUCUUUUGAUACGUGUUAUUUAUUAAUUGUCCAUGGUGGUGUUUGAUAUUCAGGUACACACUAUCACUGUGGGACUGAUGUCCCCUGACCCCUGACCCUCAAUCCCUGAAUCCUGACCCCGUCCCUCCCCACCAAAGAGAAAAUCCAUUUUUUUCUGAAAAGGAGAUUUUUAUAUUUUAAUGUAUUUUCUUAAACUCUACAGCCUUACUUAUUUCACAUUAUGUACUGUAUGUAUUCAUUUGUAAUUGUAUUUUAAUAUUUAUAUCAUUUAGCCUUAUUUUCAUUAUUAUUAUUUUUUGUGCAUUAUUAUCAGUGUGUAAAGUGUGUAUAUGUAUCGACGCCCUGAGUUACUCCAUGUUGCUCUGGGCCCGGUUUUCCAAAAGCGUCUUAAGGCUAAGUUCAUCUUUAGAACAUUCAUAGGAGCAUCGUUAAAUCUCCGAACUGUUUCCCAAAACUAUCAUUACUAAAGUUGCACUUGAAAACACUCAUUAUUUACCAACUGCCUCAGACCACUCAUAGAACAGCUGUGUCAUUAGAUGUGUUUUUCACUUUAUACACAGAAGAUCUCUGCUAAACAUAGAAUCAAGAUGUUUAUCUGUCUCUCUGUGACCGCCGAUAACGUCACAACGAAGUUGACUACAAAUAGAAAGUUGCAGAUGACUGCAUGAAAAGAUAGCCUUCCUACAGUAUAUUCUACAAAGGCCUAUAUUUCAAUGAUAUUGAAAUCUAUUUCAUGUUCAUUCAAUUGAGUUUUGCUUUGCUAUUUGGUACAUUUUGACUCAAUAUAUCUCAUGAUAUGUAGCCUAACAUGUGAUCUGCCAAAUCUUGACAGUGCAUUAUUAAGGGAACGGGAAAGGGGAAUAGUGAAUCAGUUGUACAACUGAAUGCAUUCAACUGAAAUGUGUCUUCCACAUUUAACCCAACCCCUCUGAACCAGAGAGGUGCGGGGGGCUGCCUUAAUCGACAUUCACGUCUUCGGCGCCUGGGGAACAGUGGGUUAACUGCCUUUCUCAGGGGCAGAACGACAGAUUUUUACCAUGUCAGCUCGGGGAUUUGACCCAACAACCUUUCGGUUACUUUAUAGGGUAAUUAGAAUAAGCCACUUCAAUAUUUGCAGCCAUAGGUGAUACUAUCUCUCUAGGAGCUGAUCCGUUGUCAGUAUUGUGUAAUAAUUAUAAUGACCUUGGCCGUUGCAGGAAAGAUGCAUCCUUAAAACACUCAUAAGCCUAAAUUCCAUCGCUAUCGGGAAACUGGGUCCAGGUCUUUAGGAGUUUGUCUGGUGGUUUACUUUUGAAACGAACCAAACAAAAACAAAAGCACUGUGUGACCCAAAUUCAUUUUAGAAGGUUUUCUAAAUCUUAUGUGACUUUUAAUUGUUUUUCAUGUUCACUGACAUGGUUUUGUUAGUUUUUAUUUCUGAUAUGAUUCAUACAUGAUGACACUUGGCUACAUCAGUGAAUGCAGAAAACGACUAAUUUGGACAUUCUUACCUUUCAAGAAACUCAAUGUGGGUUUUGCAGAAUUGCAUGAUGGGUAAUGCUCCUGCAUUGUCCCUUGUUCUGACGGGUGUCUACCUUGACCUACCUCUCUUUACUGUUCUUUAUAUAACAUGAACGCAUUAUGAGAGAGAGGGAGAGAUUAUUCCAAAGUGACUGACUGCUCACUCAUGUAUGUACACUUUUGUAAUUGAGAUGUGUUGUAAAAAAAGAAGAAGAUGUAUUUAAUUAAAACGUUUAAC